AUGAGAUGGAUAUUAAAAUACUCAGAACAAGACAUCCACAGUGACAAGACAUUAAAGAUCAGCUACUCCUUCAAGAAAGAGAUGGCCAGUGAAGAUAAUCUACUGCCUGAGCAGCUGAGGAUUGUACUUGUUGGGAAGGUUCAAGCAGGGAAGACUUCAGUCAUGAACACCCUCCUGAGGUACCCAGAGGAAGAUGAGGAACUUGCCUCUAAAAGUCAAAAAUUAUUGAUCACUGACACACACAAAUGUCAGAAGGAAGAAGUAAAGGUCGGACAACAAAACGUGGUUGUUGUCGACACUCCAGGUCUGUGUCAUGCAGAAAAAGAAGAUAAGGAGGUGAUGGCAGAGAUUAAGCAAUGCGUCUCACUGGCUGAGCCUGGUCCCCAUGUGUUCCUGUUUGUCAUGGAAUUGGAAACAUUUACAGAUGAAGGACAGGACAUGGUGAAGAUCAUUAAGGAGACCUUUGGUGAAAAUAUGGUAGAUUACAGUAUGGUUUUGUUCACCCAUGGAAAUGAACUACAGAGAGCUACAAGAACCAUAGAAGAAUUCAUUGGCGAGGGUAAUCUUAAAAACUUUGUUGAAGAGUGUAAAGGGGGAUGUCAUGUUAUUGAAAAUGAAGACCACAGUCCAUCACAAGUCACCGAGCUUCUGAAGAAGAUCAACUACAUGGUUCAGGAAAAUAAAGGAAACUUUUACACCACCAAAAUGUUCCAAGAUGCUCAAAAAGAAGCAAACGCUCCUGAUGUUAGGAAGAAAAUCUCGCUCUCUGUUGGUGGCUCUGCUUUGGCUGGAGCAGGUGUUGGAGGAGCAAUAUCAUACCUUGCUGGGGCUGGGUUAGCAACCACAGCAGGAGCAGCAGCAGGAGCUGCAGUGGGGGGUGUAAUGGGGGGUGUAGGGAUAGUUACGGUAGAACGCAUUAAGGCUAAAAAAUGUGUUAUGCAAUGAAUUUUCACUGUUCUUAUGAGCAGGUGUAGGCCAAAGUCAGAGGCUAUAAAUAACAUGAUUUCAUGUGUUUAUGCAUUUAUAUCAGUCUGGCAAAUGACCUAAUGCUGCGUUCACAUGGAAUCAGGCAGCCAGAAAACACCAUCUGUACGGCACGGGAAAAACAAACAGUUCGGAAUGGCAGAAAGGCAAAACAAAAAACACAUGACAACAUGUUGCAAUGGUAAUGCUUUAUUUUUUAUAAAGAACUGGCCAAAUUAUAUUAAAUAAAAUUAUUUUAUGUUCAUUACUUUAUGUAAUUUUUGUAGUUAUGUCCAGUAAUUGUCCAGGUCACAAAUGUUUUCUCCCUGUGUGAAGCAGCUAUGUAACAUCCGAUUGUAAAUUCCAUUGCAGAGGACAGCAAAAAGUUCAAAAACUUUGACGGCAAAACCAUCUGCCGUUACCAUUGCUGAUAUUCUCUGCUGACCUCACCUAAUUUUACCAUCCUGCUCUCAUCCACUAAAAUGAUAUCCACUUUGUUGUAUACAGUCUUCCUGAUUCCAUUUGAGCGCAGCAUAAUGGAGCUGGUUAUUUGGCUAUUCAAAUCAAUAUUAGUCUAAAAGAUAAGGGGAAAAAUAAAUGCACACACUGAUAUAUCAUUAAGUCAUUUACACCACUUAAAGGUUUUCCUUAAGAGAACCCAGGACUCUGUUGCAGCAGCUGUUAAUAAAUUCUUCUGACUACUUUUAAACUAGGGAUUUACUAAAUCAGGUUGCACUAUUAAAACUAAAGCCAGUAAAGACUUCAAUGAUGUGUCAGACCAACGCGUUCUCAUCCCAACUCGUCAAAUAUCGUUGCUUUAUCUGUGGACUUUCAGGUCUACAUAUGACGCCCUAGGUAUCCUUCUGCAUCUCUUGUUGACAUUUCGGAACAACGUGUCAAUUGACAUGCAUUGUGUCUUUUCAAAAUACACUCUUGUUUCAGGAAAUGUAUAGUGUCUGCUUGUUAGAUGCAUGGAGUCUUUUUAAAAAUAAACUUACAGCAUCUGUAAAACACCUUGUAUUUAUGUCUAAUUCCUAGUGCAACAUCAGCACAUUUUACGUUUGGAAAAAACAUCAUGGUUUGGCCAACAUUCACCCUGGGUGAAAGUCUGAGGUUUGUUGGACCUAUGCACCUCCCCUCCCAGCACCCAGGUCACUUACAAAGCAACUGAUUUGACGAGUUCAGAAUGAGAAUGGGUUUGUCACACUACUGCUAGGAAACAUUUGCAGUGCUGUCCAACCCUGAGCAAUUAACUAUGACGAUUAACUAUCACAAGCUAGCAUAACUGCCCAAAACGCCUGCUGUAGAGGCUCACACAUAAAUCUCAGAGUCAUUCAUACAGUUUAUAAUGAGAGGGAAAUGAUGUUAAGCUAACUGAUGCUAUUAACAUUUUUAAACAAAUGUUAUUAGCAUUAUGUUUCAUAAUUUGAGGCUUAUUGUGUUAUUUUAGGAACUGUAACUUAACCUUAAUUUAAAAUUUUAUCAAGUUUCAAGUCAGAUGUGUCGACCAUAUUAAUUCUUUUACUCUAAAGUUAUGUCUGUAAAUAUUUAAUCACAACUAACAACUUGUUUGUGACCUGCAAGCUGUUUUAAGUUAGUGAUAAAACUAAAUUUAGCAAGUGCAAAUGUUAGCAUGGGGCUAAACAUUUUAACAGCUGAUGUAACAGAGUUGUGAUAGGCCUAUUUCUUGACCGAUAAAUAUUAUUUUUGUGUCUUUCCUCCAAGAGCACUGUCUGUCACUUAUCUUUGGUAUAAAAAGUAUGCUGGCUUGCAAACUGCAAUAUGCAACUGGACAUCAAUAGCAGGACGUCCUGGUAUUUUUGGCAUGCUGCAUUUGGCAUACUAUGUAUUGGGACAUACUAAACCGCUGCUCUAAUAGGUUAUUUACUCCCACUGUUCAAUAUACAUUAGUAAAUUAAAACAUAUUAGGCCCUCUUUCUUGUCAUCUUACAGAUCACAAUUGGCUGUGGUGAAACAUGGUUAAAUGUUUAUGACCACCAUUUUUCAUGGACUUUGAAUUUGAUUCAUCUGUUUAUCUGUUUUUGGUCAAAUUAUCUGAUUAUAUUCUGGUGGAGAGUUUGGACUAUGUAUUGUACUUUGAUAUUAAAUUGCAUCUGGAUAUUCUAUCUCGGGACUUAAGGGUUUAUCUUUAAUGCUGUGUUCACACUAUGAGCGACACGACAACUAAUGACAAGACAUGACAGACUAAAGCCUCAUACUUGUUGCUGCUGACGGGCAUGACAAAUAAAAGUUGAGCUGGGUUCAGCUUUUUUCAGCACUCUAAUGGCGCAGUGAAGCGUCAGCCAGUCAUGAGUUUUUGUUUUUAUUUGGUUUAGUUAGCUGACUUUAUGCUAAGCUAGCUCUAUGUGCAUUGUGUUGCUCACAGAGAUGCACUGGGGGAUCAUCAAAAUGUGAUGUUAAAAUGGGGCUCAGACACUGAUCUUGAUUUUUAUGACCAUAUACAAACUGUAGAUGACAGUCGUUUGAGGUGCUUUGUGGGAGGUAGCAGACACACACAAACCUGUGAUGACAAAUACAUUAACCAGCGCUUGGGCAACACUUCAGUGAUCGAUAAUGUAGCUAGCUGUCACACUGUUGCGGUGUCGCUCAUAGUUUGAACACACCAUAACUUCACAGGGUUUUCAGGGCAUUUUUGUUUUGUUUUGUUUUUGUCAUUGUACAUUUUAGUUAUGUCACCUGAUUUAUAUUUCCCAUGAUAUGAGACUAUUUGUGUUGUUCUGAUUGUUUAAAAAAAAUCUGAUUUUUCAUAGUUUUUUUAUUUUCAUUUUUUCUUAUUAUUUAGUAUUUUCUAAUCAGUCUCAUUAUUCUCAUCAUUUGCUAAGUUUCACAUUCAUAAAUGUAAAUUUACCAAAGUAAAACCUUACUUCUGUGUUUUUCAUGUAGAAAUGCAACUAUAUUAAGACAAUAACCUCAGCAAAAAAAAAAAAAAAAAAAUUAAAACUGUGAGACUACUCCCAAUUUAAUGUUUUUACUGAAAUUACUGUAUACCACACAUACCAGGUAACCACAAUGUCCUAUUUUCUAAUAUAUGAAGAUUAGAAAUUGGUAUGAAAAUAUACAGACCUGCAAAUUCUGCAAACAAAAAUCAGGUAUGGGGUCUGGGGGAAUCCUUGCCUGGAAGAAAAUCUUUAGUGAUUUUAAUACACAAAUCUAAUGAAACCUUCUGGAGCAUUUUGAGAGUAGAAUACAAUGAGAAAAGAAAACAUCUUGUUCUAAUAAACAAAUACAUAACAAUAGGCUAAGUCACAUGAAUUGACUCACUGGCAUUAACAAAAUGA